AUGACCCAAAUUCUAAGACUAGGCUCAACCGCCCCAGAUUUCCAAGCCCAAACCACCCAAGGCCCUAUCCACUUCCACGACUUUAUCAAAUCAAGUUGGACGAUUCUAUUUUCACAUCCAUCUGAUUUCACACCAGUUUGUACCACCGAAUUAGGUGAAGUAGCCAAACGAUUAAAAGAUUUUCAAAACCUUUCUACAAAAGUGAUCGGAUUGAGUUGUAAUGAAUUGAAUGAUCAUCAUAGAUGGGUUGAAGAUAUUAAUCGAGUUAAUUCUUGUGAAGUUACUUUUCCAAUUAUUGCUGAUCCGACUCGAGAAAUCGCAACCUUAUAUCAAAUGUUAGACGAACAAGACCUAACGAACCAAGACUCCAAAGGGAUUCCCUUUACCGUUAGAUCAGUCUUCAUAAUAGAUCCCAAAAAAUCCAUCCGAUUAAUCUUACAAUACCCAGCCUCAACAGGUCGUCAAUUCGAUGAAAUCUUAAGAUGUUUAAAAUCUUUACAACUUUCUGAUCAAUUCUCAAUCACUACUCCUGCCAAUUGGAUUCCAGGUGAAAAAGUUAUUGUACAUCCUUCUAUCUCUGAUCAAGAAGCUGAAAAAAAGUUUACCAAUGGUAUCGAUUAUAAACUUCUUAUUUAA